GGGGGCGAAACAAGAGCAUGUACUUUGAUUGAUAGCGUCACAGAAAGCCACCGCAAAUCCCAGAAAGCAAAAAAAAGGCAAAGUCUUCGUAAAGACCGCCAUUGUGAAAAAGACUCUGGAUUUUUGUUCAAGGAAAAUAAAAGAGCGAAAAUGAAGUAUGUAUUGGUGACGGGAGGUGUUGUAAGCGGUCUAGGAAAAGGAGUCACUGCUAGCAGCAUUGGACUUCUCCUUAAAGCCUGUGGACUUCGUGUUACUUCCAUUAAGAUUGAUCCUUACCUGAACACAGAUGCGGGGACAAUGUCUCCCUUUGAGCAUGGGGAGGUAUUUGUCUUGGACGAUGGGGGUGAGGUGGACCUUGACCUUGGAAACUAUGAGCGUUUUCUGGACAUCAAGUUAACCCGUGACAACAAUAUUACAACUGGCAAAAUAUAUCAGUCCGUUAUUGACAAGGAGAGAAGAGGCGAUUACCUUGGCAAGACUGUCCAGGUUGUUCCACACAUUACGGAUGCCAUUCAAGACUGGAUAGAGCGUGCAGCAAAAAUACCAGUGGAUGGACAAGAAGGUCCAGCUGAUGUUUGUGUCAUUGAAUUGGGUGGAACUAUAGGAGACAUUGAAUCUAUGCCAUUUAUUGAGGCGCUUGGUCAAUUUUCAUACCGUGUGGGCACUGGUAAUUUCUGCUUAAUUCACGUCAGCCUUGUCCCUGUUCUCAAUGUUGUUGGUGAGCAGAAAACAAAACCUACCCAGCAUAGCGUUCGGGGACUCAGAGGACUGGGGUUGACACCAAAUAUUCUAGCUUGUCGUAGUACAAAGGCACUUGAAGAGAAUGUUAAGGGAAAACUUGCCCAAUUUUGCCACGUGCCGGAGGAAAACAUUGUUACUCUCUAUGAUGUCCCAAACAUAUGGCACGUUCCUUUGCUAUUAAAAAAUCAGAAGGCACAUGAAGCAAUCCUGAAAGGGCUGAACCUUCAAGGUGUUGCUAGGGAGCCUGAGUUAGAGGAAUGGACUGCAAGGACAAAAGUUUUUGACACAUUGCAUGAUCCUGUUAGAAUUGCCAUGGUUGGAAAAUACACAGGCCUUUCAGAUUCUUACCUCUCUGUUUUAAAGGCUCUUUUGCAUGCUUCUGUCGCUUGCCACCGGAAGCUUAUUGUAGAAUGGAUUGCGGCAGGUGACCUUGAAGACAUUACUGCUAAAGAGUCCCCUGAUGUUUAUAAAGCUGCAUGGGAUCUUUUAAAGGGUGUUGAUGGUGUUCUUGUUCCAGGAGGAUUUGGUGAUAGAGGAGUGCAAGGAAAAAUUCUUGCAGCAAAGUAUGCUCGAGAGAAAAAAGUUCCAUUCCUAGGGAUUUGCCUGGGGAUGCAAAUUGCUGUUAUUGAGUUUGCACGAUCUGUUCUUGGUUUGCAUGACGCUAACAGCACAGAGUUUGAUCCUGAAACUACAAAUCCUUGUGUAAUAUUUAUGCCAGAGGGUUCAAAAACUCAUAUGGGUGGUACUAUGCGUCUGGGAUCAAGGAGGACUUUCUUCAAUGUUACCGAUUGCAUAUCUGCUAAGUUGUAUGGCAAUGUAAGUUUUGUUGAUGAGCGACAUCGGCAUAGAUAUGAGGUCAAUCCAAAUAUGAUAUCAAAACUUGAAAAUGUUGGUCUGUCCUUUGUUGGCAGAGAUGAAACUGGUCAGCGCAUGGAGAUUGUUGAGUUGCCCGGUCAUCCGUACUUUGUUGGUGUUCAGUUCCAUCCUGAGUUUAAGUCAAGACCUGGAAAACCUUCUGCACUGUUCUUAGGACUUAUAGCAGCAGCAUGUGGGCGCUUGGAGACUGUCGUACAUGAGAAUGCCCAUAGAAGGAAGUCCUUGACUAGUGCGAUGAGUAAUGGACACUCAAUGGCGAAAAUCCACCAAAAUGGAAGUGCAAUUAAGUCCAAUGGAUCAGUAAAUGGUGUGUAUAGCAAUGAUAUUCACUCCAUCUUGCCUCAAUUCAAAAGCUGGUCAACUACAAGGGCCAGCUGCAUGGCAAAUGCAAGAACACAUUUUGUUUGUAAAAUGGGCCGCUUUCCAUCAAUAUUUUGGAAGCACUCCCACUACAUUGUACCCUGUUUCCUCUUUUAGAUUAAAUUAGCAACAAAGAGAAAUGUAGAGAUAUAUAUACAUAUAAAGGCUUGAAUUUUCAAUUGUAAGGUUCGAGUUUUGGUCAUAUUUUUCAUCUAGGUUUUAAUGAAAGAUUUGUUCCAUAUCAGAGACUAUAAAGAAAUAUGUGUAUUUAUA